AUGGUUGAUGGAAUGGUUACAGAAUAUUUAUAUAUUAAUCGUGGUGUCCCUCAAGGUACUGUUUUAGGCCCAGUUCUUUUCUCAAUAAUGGUUGAUGAUAUUAAAACUGCUGAUCCUAUUAAUGCGUUAGUCAAAUUUGCUGACGAUUUGACGUUAGGAGUGCCUGGCAACGAAAGUGGUGACACAUCUCGAUCUGAAGCUGCCUGUUUACAGGAUUGGGCGGAAGAGAAUAGAAUGCCCUUAAACUUGGAAAAAACGUACGAAAUGGUUGUUCGCAGACACACCUCUGUGGUUUUGCCCGAGCUUAUCCCUUCAAUUAAGCGAAAAACAUGGCUAAAGCUUUUAGGAGUUACUCUACAAGAUAACCCGUGCAACUGGGAUUUGCACUUUGAAGAAAUGCUCAAAAAAGCAAGUGGACGAAUGUACAUUAUGAGAGUUUGCAAAUACUAUGGACUAUCAAUUAAACAAUUGGAUCUGCUGUUUGAUAGCCUAAUUAUGUCGAUAUUCACUUUUGCUAUUGAGCUGUGGGGUUGUGCAUACGACGGUAAAUAUUUGAACCAAAUAGAUAAAUUCAUUAAACGUGCACAUAAGAAUGGUUAUAUAUCAAAACGAACACACAUGAAAGAAAUACGUGAUAAGAGAGAUAAGAAACUGUGGAACAAAAUAACAUCAACUGAGGACAAUGCACUGCUUGAACUGCUGCCGGAAAAAAGAAGUAGGUUACUUAGGCCUAGAGGGCAUGAGUAUGAAAUCCCCCUAGUGAGAACAGAAAGAUUCAAAAGGUCGUUCAUAAAUCGUUGUCUGUAUAACUUUGUUUAG